AAAGACAUUUCAUUUGCCGCCAGUCGACUCAGAGGGAGCACCUCGAAUCAAGCGAGAGGGGUUUUUUUUUAUUCGAAACCACCAGGCUAGAGGUUUUAAAAGAAACUGGCACCAUGGAAAUGUCCCCUUAUGCGCUGGUCCAGCGGCGCGUGCUCAUGGCCGCCGCUCAGCCUGCGCGCGCACACGCACCUGACGACCUCAUACUGCGAGGGUAGCUGGAGUCGACCUCCUUGAAGGAAACGCGUACACAGUCAGUGUGAGGAGACUUUGGAUACAGUCCACGCCCUUCCCCGCCGACACCCCUUCCUUAUCCUCCUCUCCUCUUCCCUCCGGCUGGCACAGAGAAGAGUCCAAGAGACCCAGCGAGGGAACGUGGGAAAGAGGAAGACGAUGUACCAAAUACUGCUCCUUUCCUCCUCCCUCUUCAUCUUUCAUGUGAUGGCCACUCCCCAGUUCUUCGCUCACCACGGGAGGAGGGCGUGUGGCCGAGACUUCCGUCACAGUGUUGUCACUACGACAGAGUCAUUCGUCCAGCCGGUGCACAAACCCUACCUCACCCUGUGUCAGGGGCAUCGCCUCUGCAGCACAUACAAGACUACGUACUCGGUAGCGUACCGACAGGUGAGCAGAGCAGCUUCUCCUUUGCAUUUCUACCCAGAGUGCUGCCCGGGCUGGAGGAGAUUUCACUCCCACAACUGCAACCAAGCUGUGUGCGGGCAGCCCUGUUUGAAUGGAGGUACCUGUUUACGACCCAACCGGUGUGCUUGUCCGUUUGGCUGGACGGGACACCAGUGCCAAACAGAUGUGGAUGAGUGCAGCGAGCGGCAGCCGUGCGCCCAGCAGUGUGUGAACACAGCUGGCAGCUAUCGAUGUGCAUGCAGGGAGGGCUUCACCCUAGCCGGAGAUGGCCGUUCCUGUCAAAGCCUUCCUCCUCCUUCUCCUCCUGCCAGUCCUCCCUCUUCAUCACAGAGCAGCCAGGCAACAGCGGGUCAUGACACUGAUGCAGAUGGAAAGUUUGGCUUGGUGGAGAACGUGACAGAGGAGGUACAGAGUCUGAGGAACAGAGUCGAGCUCCUGGAAAAGAAGUUGCAGUUGGUGCUGACCCCCUUCAGCAGCUUCUUCCCGCUGUCCCUGGAUGAGGGCUUGUCAGAGAAAACCACCUUGCUGUCCCAUUCUUUCCAGCAAUUAGAUCGUAUCGACUCCCUUAGCGAGCAGAUUGGCUUUCUGGAGGAGCGCCUCGGCACAUGUUCAUGCCAGGAGAAUUAGCCUCUGAUCCUGACCGCCAUCAUUCCAGUCAAGUUACCAUCGACACAAACCUGCCAGGCUGGACGCGUCGAGACCGCUGGCGUUCGCAGCAGAGCGACGGCAGGCAGCAGAGAGCAGCCUCGGUGACCGUAACACUGCGACGUAAUCACUUGGGAUUUUUAUUUUUCCCCCCGACAGGUUCAUUUACUUUUCUCGUUGAAUCGCUGUCACGUCGUUGAUUUUCUAACAGUACCUGUUUUACGAUUACAUCACCCCAGGAACGUCUAAAUCAAACUCCCCUCAGAGUCAGAGGUCAAACUUGCCACUUAGUUUCUGUGUUUGUUUUUCAUCAGUGCAGCUUUGUGCUCUAGUCACAGCCCCAAACUGACCCGGGGCAUCUGUAUUUAUGUAUUUAAAUUAUGAUUACUUGUAGUUAUGUCUCAGUGCUCCAACAGACAUUUGUAACUAGUUUUGUAACAUUUUGUAAUAAAAAUUCCUAAUCAAAAACA